AUGAAACUAUCCAAUUUCCUACUAUAUUCCAUUGCAUUUACUCAAACUGUUUCUGGUAUUGUGAUUCCUCAACAUGUUCUUGAUGGAGAACCUCCUGCCCCUAUAAGCCCAUAUCAAAGUAUAUCAGAUCUUGACUUUGAAACUUGGCUUGAGAAACAAAAGGCAGAGUCAUUUCACCUGAUUUUGAAUAACAUCGGCGGUACAAGUGAAGUGUUUGAUGAAAUGGAGGUAUACAAGGGUGUGGUGAUUGCCUCUCCUUCGAAGAUCUAUCCCAAUUACUUUUAUCAAUGGACAAGAGAUGCAGCUAUAACAAUAAAGACUUUAUUAUAUGAAUUGGAGGAUCAGCUCAACACUUCUAGUUCUGAAGUUUCCAAAGAUACCGGUAAGCUCGUUAAUGUUAUUGAAAGUUAUAUUGAAAAUAGUUAUAAUUUGCAAAGGUUACCAAAUCUUUCAGGUUCUUUUGAAGAUGAUGACAAGAGCGGAUUGGGGGAACCUAAAUUCCAUGUUAAUAAUACCCCAUUCAAUGAAGUCUGGGGAAGACCUCAAAGGGAUGGUCCAGGUUUAAGGGCAGCCACUAUUAUGUAUUAUCUUGAGAUAUUGAACAAGUUUGAUAAGCAGGUUCAAUCUGAAUUUUUGAAAUCAACUGGGUUCAUUUACAAGAAGAUUAUAAAGCCUGACUUGAUCUACAUUAUGAAGAACUGGGAUUUAGAAGGGUUUGAUCUUUGGGAAGAAAUUAAUGCUGUCCACUUUUUCACCUCAAUUACUCAAUUGAGGGCAAUCAAGGAUGGUAUCUUCUGGGCUGAACAUUUCCAUGAUGAAUCAUUCAAAGAAAGCUUAGUUUCUACGUUUGGUGAAUUACAGGAGGCAAUUGAGAAUGAAUUAGGGUUUAAAUCGGAUAUGUUACCUCAUAUAAUCGAAUGCCCUUCGAUCUGGAAGAUUGGGAAAAGAAAAGGUUUGGAUGCUGCUUCAUUACUUGGAUCCAUACACUCCCAUGAAACUUCUGAACUUAGAAGAGAUGAUCCGUUACCAAUCCCAUUUGAUAUUGACGAUAGUUCUAUUAUCAAUACUCUUGCUGCCAUGGUUGCCGAUAUGAAGUUUAGAUAUCCAAUUAAUCAUAACAAGAUUGGUCUUUUUGGCACUGGUGUAGCAUUGGGAAGAUAUCCUGAAGAUAUAUAUGAUGGUUAUUCUACUACAGAAGGUAACCCAUGGUUUAUUAGUACCGCUACUGCCGGAGAAAUCAUUUAUAGGAUGAUUUUUAAGUUGAAAUCAUAUCGACAGGAUAUAAUUAUUAAUGCUUCUAACCGGGACUUUUUCCAUCAAUUUAUUAACUUUGAAAACAGUGAUGAUGAAGGCGACGAUAUGGUUAUUCCUUUUAAUUCAGCUGCAUAUAAUAUGAUGAUAGCUAACUUGUUCAAGUUCUCAGAUUCGUUUUUGCAAGUGGUUAAGGAACAUGUUGAUUCUCAAGGAAGAAUGUCCGAGCAGUUUAAUAAAUACCAUGGAUAUAUGCAAGGUGCACGCGAAUUAACUUGGAGUUAUAGUGCCGUUUGGAAUGCUAUUAGAUGGAGAGAAAAGACUUUAAAGGUUUUAUAA